UAAGUUGAUGCAUCGUCUCACCUAGCCAGGUCGUUGUUUGGCUAGAGAUGCAUCAAAAUAUCGAUGAAAGGAGAUAUAUAUAGCAUUUGUGUCAACCGUCAAGCUAAUGUUAACGAUAACCUAUGUCGUUUAGCUUACACGAGCUAGCUGGGUCGCUUUUGCAAAUGCAAAACAAUUACCAACAAAGCAAAUGUUGAUGUGGUAGCCUAUUGAAACAUGUACAUGUAUAGACAUGUAGCAUGUUGCGUAGACGUGGAUAAUCCUGCUAAAUGGAUAGUUACCUUCGAUAUGAACCAGUUACGAUUCAUUCAGUUUAAGUAGAUUGCUAAAUCAGCUAACAAGCAUUCUGAUAACAUGGACUUGGAAGGAACAGUGUCGGUGAUCCGACUUUGAAAAUAGCCCAGGCAGAGACAGAAGCAUGAGCCAUGAGCAGGUCCAGAUCAUAUCUCUGUCCCACCAUCAGACUCUGCUGGAGGAGAUGCAUCAGCUGAGACAAUCAGGCCUCCUGUGUGACAUCACCGUGCAGGUGGACCACAAGGGUGACAUGAGAGAAUUCGAGGCCCACCAAGUGGUGCUAGCUGCAUCGAGUGGCUACUUUAAAAGCAUCCUCGUGGCGGGGGAGUCUGUCAAAAAAGCUCUGCUGUGUGACGUGCCCGCCGCUGCGUUCGAUGCUUUCCUGCAGUACGUGUACACGGGUCAAAUCGAGGUGGAGAGGCCAAUGAUACACAACAUAUUCAAAAUGGCCGAGUUACUCGAGUGCGUUGACCUUGUCGAUGCGUGCAAGGCAGUGAGUGGCCUCUCGGUGGCUAAUGACACAGAGAGACUGCACCCAGGCGACUUGACUCAACCAAAAUCUGAGACUCCUUCUCCUCCAAAGGGUCGAGGUGCAAAACCAACCCAAAGCAAACAAGCGACGAUCAAAGCAAGCGAAGAUCCCCCGGUCUCCAAAGAGCUGGAGAAGACACCACAGAAGAGGAAAAAGAGCGAUAAGGAUGCAGGGAAGAAGAGUGAGGAUGUUGGGGAGAGCGACAAAGAGGACCAAGGAGGCAGGAGACUGAGCAACAGGCUGGCCAGCCGCAAGAAGCCUCCAGGUCGCCCUAAAAAACGCCCCAGGAGAGGGAAGCCCAAAGCCAGCGAGGGGUCAAGCGACCCUGCCCAGAUUGGGACCAAGAGCACAGAAUUAGCAGGAGCCCUACUGGGCACUGAACACAACGACACUGCCAAGGUUGACACCGAAGACACCAAAUUAACCGAAGCUCUACUGGGCAUCGAUCAGAACGACACUCCCCAGGUUAAGAUCGAGGGCACAGAGUUAACAGAAGCCCUGCUGGGCAUUGAACAGAACGCCACUGCCCAGGUUGGGCCCGAGUGCAAAGAGUUAACUGAAGCUCUACUGAGCAUUGAAAAGAGUGAAAAACGCUUGUUGGCAACACAGUCUUCGACCAGCGACAGUGACAGCGACACUGACGAUUCCUUUAUGUCACUGUCCCUCUCUCCUCCGAAAGCUCGCCAUCGAGACACCUCGCGGGUGAAAUUCUCCUGCGAGACCGAGGGGUGCGAUCGGACCUUCCUGUACGAGAAGAGCUACCUGAAGCACCUGGUGACGAGCCACGGGCAGCAGCCGGACGUGACGUACCGCUGCGGCACGUGCCAGUCGGUCUUCGCCAACCGCAGCAACCUGAAGUUCCACGAGCAGCACGUGCACAGCGAGGAGCGCUGCUACCUGUGCGACGUGUGCGGCAAGGCGUUCAAGCGCAAGAAGGACGUGCGGCGGCACCAGAAGCAGGUGCACGAGGGCGGCAGCGAGCGGCACACCUGUCCCACGUGCGGCAAGUCGCUCAGCUCGCGCACCGCCCUCAAGCUGCACGAGCGCACGCACACCGGCUACAAGCCCUUCGAGUGCGGCGAGUGCAGCGCCAAGUUCUCGCAGAGCUCCGCCCUCAAGACGCACAAGAGGAUCCACACUGGAGAGAAGCCGUUCGCCUGCGACGAGUGCGACGCCAGAUUCACCCAGAACCACAUGCUGGCUUACCACAAGCGCUGCCACACAGGUGAGAGGCCCUUCAUGUGUGAGAUCUGCGGGAAGAACUUUGCCUCUAAGGAGUACCUGAAGCACCACGCCAGGCUACACUCGGGCUACAAGCCGUACAAGUGUGAGAUCUGUGGAAGACCCUUCGCCCAGAGGAAUUCCUUACACCAGCACAUGAAAACUCACACAGGAGACCGUCCGUACCAGUGCAAGGAGUGCGAUAAGAGCUUCACGCAGCUGAACGCGCUCCAGCGCCACCAACGCAUCCACACGGGGGAGAAGCCGUACAUGUGCACGCUCUGCAGCCGCACCUUCACCGACAAGUCCACGCUGCGCCGCCACGCCAUGACCCACGACAAGGAGACGCCGUGGAGGAACUUCCUGAAGGUGCUGAAGGACAACGUGGAGGACCGCGGCGUCAAGAAGCCCCGCGCCGCGCCCGCCCUCAAGAGGAAGAAGAGCUCGCCCGACGAGGAAUCCCCCGCCACGCCGGACGGCCCCAAGGCCACGGUGGUGACGACGGAGACGGUCGCGCUGCCCGCCGACUGGGGCAGCCACGGCACCAUCGCGCUGGUGGGCCCCGGAGCGCUGAGCGGCUUCGCCGUCAUCCAGACCGAAGGCCCCGGCGGCGGCGUGCAGCUGCAGCCGCUGGUGACGGCCGACGGGACGCCGGUCACCGUGCCGCUCUCCCUGCCCAUCGCCGUGCCGCACACCGUCGCCACCGUAACCGCCACCGCCACCGUCUCCUCGCUGUCCAGCAGCAUCGCCACCGCCGCCACGUCGGACUUGGUUUUGACGGGGCGCAGGCCCGCCGUGUUGGGGCCGGGGACGGUCGCGGUGGCGUCGCCCGCCCUGGAGGCGGCGCUGAUAGCCGGGGAGAUCGAGUGCGUGACGGUCGGAGGCACGGAGCUGACGCAGGAGGAGGCCGCGUCGUCGGGCGCCGCCGAGGGCUCUAGCGUCCAGCUGGCCGUGGCGGAGGACGUCCAGGAGGCCGAGAGCGCGGGAAACAUGGAGGCGACGACGACGACGACGACAACGUGCGUCAUCUCUGAGUAGCCAUGGAGACAGACAGACAGGAGACAAGGAGGGGGGAGCCUCAGUUUUGCAUCACUGCACCAAACCAUCAAGGGAACUCUCCUCUCUCUGCACUGACAAUCCAUGUUGAACUCUCUCUCUCUCUCACACACACACACACACACACACACACACACUCACAGACACACACACCAGUCAGUUAUAAAUUGAGUUUUGUUUGUGUGGAAUAACCGCUUCAGUAAAAUUACAUAGACAGCAUACACAGUUGUUCUGAAAUAGAUCACAUUCUGUUUGCAGCCUUAAUAACAUACACACAAAGCGACAUGUUGCCAAGGAAACAGCGUAAUGGGAUUUGUCUCGACCAGACAAGACCAAAUUGAACUUCAUGUUCUUUUCCCAGCCUUAACCAUGCAUUGACCAGUGACCACAGCAUACAGUCCUUACAAAGUUCCAUCAUGUCAGUAUCACACUAUUAUUACUACACAUAACACGUGUUUGUCUUUGUAAAACAUGUUUUGCUCCAUAAAGGUUUAAACCUAUGAUCUGAUGUACAGUUAUACAUAUAUAUAUAUAUAUUCAGUCUUUUUACCUUUAUGGAAAUUAAAAUAUGACUAAAAUAUGACUAUUUUUCUUCCAUACACACUAGCAAUUGCAAAACAAAACACUGGUGUUCACUGUUGUUCAUCGGGGUAUUCCAAGAACGUGGUUUAGUGACAAAUCUGGGUGAGUUAAAUCAGGGUAAAUGGUAAACCUCCUACAACAAGAACUUAAUGGCAUUGUUCUGUUACGAGAAUAAAGUCUUACAGCUCCUCUAUUAGGAGGUUUACCACUAACUCGGAGUUAACUUACCCAGGUUUGUCACUAAACCACGUACUUGGAAUACCCUCCAGGUAACUACCACUACAGUGGCGCCUUUCCACUACGGGGUAAAACCCCGGUGUUUGGGGCCCAGAGGCUCGUCAAUUGUGACUUCUAAGUUGGCAUGUGAG